AUGGCGGAACUCGCACGCCCGUACGUUGAUUCGGAGGAAGCAGGAUACAUAUACAUGUUCUGGAUGACGCCCACGACCAACAAGUCGCUGCCGCCGCCAGUCGAUGCGGCCAGGUCGCUUCUUGCACCGCCCUCUACAGCAGCAGCUGGCCGCCAGCGCCGCGCAAGCGAUGUUGUCUCGUCGUAUGCGCGGUCGACGGCUUCCAACCAGCAAGACAAGAAGACGAUGCUCCUCAAGAUCGGCCGCGCAGCCAACGUCCAGCGGCGUAUGCAGCAGUGGUCGCGGCAGUGCGGGUACGAGGUCGAGGUCAUCCGGUACUACCCGUACCUGCCGGGAGCGAGUGAGGCGUCGGGCCAGGCGCCGCGGAUGGCGCCGCAUUGCCAUCGCGUUGAGAGGCUGGUGCACAUUGAGCUGGCCGGACUAGGACUCAAGGCAGCCCGCGGAAGUUGCGGCGCGUGUGGACGAGAUCACAGGGAGUGGUUUGAGGUCGAGGCAACACGAGAGGGGGUCAGGAGAGUUGAUGAGGUGAUACGGCGGUGGGUCGAGUGGGACGAGAUACAGACGUGA